AUGGAAGAAGCGAAGAAAGCAGCCGGAUAUAAGGCGGUAGAUGAUCACGUCCGCUCGGGCAUGGUGGUGGGACUUGGAACGGGUUCUACAGCCUAUUAUGCUGUUGAGAGGGUCGGUCAGAAGCUGAAGUCCGGGGAGCUGAAGGAUCUAGUGUGCAUUCCAACAAGCGAGAAGACCAAGAAGCAGGCCCUUGACCUCGGCAUCCCUCUCUGUACCCUCAACGAGAAAUCCAAGCUCGACGUGGCUAUCGAUGGCGCUGAUGCGGUGGAUCCCAAGUUGUGCCUGAUCAAGGGGGGUGGGGGUGCGCUGCUGAGGGAGAAGAUGGUGGAGGUGGUUUCAGACAAGUUUGUGGUCAUCGUGGACUCGUCGAAGCUCUGCAAGGGCCUGGGCCCUUCCUUCCCCCUGCCUGUCGAGAUUACCCCCUUCUGCCACCUCCACACCAUGAAUGUGGUGGCGUCGCUUGCUGAGGUAGAAGGAUGCAAGCCUGUGCUGAGGACGGGAGACUGCUCGAACAACAAGCCGGAUGGGGAGGAACCAGCCGUGACCGACAACGGCAACUACAUCGUCGACCUGCACUUCAGCAAGGAGAUUGCGGAUGCAACCAAAGCUGCACAGGCCAUCAAGAAAAUUGUCGGGGUGGUUGACCAUGGGAUCUUUGAGGGGAUGGCAUACCAGUGUAUCGUCGCUUUCCCGGACGGUUCUUGCCGGGUAGCAGGAAAGGGAGGAGAGGAGCCAUGGUGGGGAUGA